UCAUAUUUUGCGGUUAUGUUUAUAAUCCGAAGCGUGUACGUAGCACGUUCCUGGGAACGUUGUCUGCCGUUUGAACUUUAUGUAACUACGCAUGGUCAAGCGUGAUUGAUUAUUGACGGUUAUAUGAAAAGUAUACGUGACCUCGCACAUACUAUUGUUCGGUUGGGCAAGCUUCAGUUACCGUAAUAUUGUUUAACGGUCUCCUGUCGUCUAUCGCGUGUCUAUUUGUCGAUGCAAUUUUCUAACUGAUUUGUCAUUCAUUUGCACGAUGUUGGAGGACGUGAAACACGUGUUGUUGGUUCUUUCGGGAAAAGGCGGUGUCGGCAAAUCGACAAUCAGCACUCAGCUGGCCCUGGCAUUAAAGGAAUCCGGUUUUCGCGUAGGGAUCUUGGAUGUUGAUCUUUGUGGGCCCAGUGUUCCUUACUUGCUGAACUUGGAGGAAAAAGAUGUUCACCAAUCUUCUGAAGGAUGGAUACCAGUAUUUGCCGAUGCAGAACAAAAACUGUCUGUUAUGUCAAUCGGUUUUCUCUUGAAGAGUCAAAAUGACAGUGUAGUCUGGCGUGGUCCUAAGAAAACUAGUAUGAUCAAACAGUUUCUAACAGAUGUAGUAUGGCGGGAUAUCGAUUACUUGAUCAUCGACACACCACCAGGAACUUCUGAUGAGCAUAUUACAGUCAUGGAGAAUCUAAAAAACACAAAGUGUGACGGUGCAAUUAUAGUAACCACUCCGCAAGCAGUAGCUGUGGACGACGUACUGCGAGAAGUGACGUUUUGCAGGAAAACUGGCAUCCAUAUUGUUGGCAUUAUCGAGAACAUGAGUGGCUUCAUCUGCCCGUCGUGUACAGAAUGUACCAAUAUAUUCUCUUCGGGAGGCGGAAUAGCUCUCUCAGACAUGGUAAAAGUUCCGUUCCUGGCGAAAGUACCUAUAGACCCGCAAAUCGACAAGCUGGCUGAUAAAGGACAAAGCGUGCUGGUAACGUUACCCGACAGUCAGGUCGCGCAGGUGUUUAGGAAGUUGGUCGAAGAGCUCACCAAGAGCAAAGAAGCUUGAAAGCGAGAUGCGUACUGCAGCGUACACGAUGUAUCAUUACUCGCUUCUCGUGGUGUCACUGCUAGUUUCCCAAACGCGCAAGCAUAUUUACCGGCAACUGUAUAUAUUAGGAAACACCUGCUUUUAUAUUACAAUUUGUAUUGUACUGUACAAUUUGUAUUGUACUGUAUUGUAAAGACAAGAAAAAAUAAACAAUGUUUCCUUGUA